UGCAAUCAGUAAGAAACAAAACUACAUUUACUAUUGCACUAUGGUCUUAUUUCAAUAUUACUUUCAAACUUGAAUUGUUCUAAAUAUAUUUGUUACGCUUGUUGUAUUUAUUUAUGACAAUAAUUACAGUGAUGAUGUGUUUUUAAAUUGUUAAAAAUGGCCGAUGCACGUACACAAGAAGAUGUGCUUUCUCAAAUUGAAUAUGCAUUUCCUAUUAUCAAAGGAGAGAUUCUGAAUAAUUGUACGGAUGAACAAUUUACUACCAUAAUUGAACAAAUAAGAUUGUUAAAGCUGACUAAUUUUGUUAAGGAUAUUGUUAUUCAUCACAUCGAAUAUUAUAUUCGUCAGAAAGUAGCACCAGCUUUUUGGAAAAAGUUCAUCAAUACUACAAAUGAAGCAGAAGGCUUUGAAUUGUUCAAAAGCGCUAUCGAUGGUCUUUAUGUCAGCUUAACUGAAUUUUUACCUCUCUUAAAAAAAUUGGAAUAUUUGGAGCAAGAAGAAUCAGAAAAUACUACAUUUGAAGCUGAUAAUGUAUUGGCUAGAUUUAAACUCAUCGUUAGGUCUACUUUGUUAAGUCAAUUGCCGUUGGACUAUGAACAUAUAAUAGAACAAUUUUAUAGAAUCGCAUUUAAUGUAUUCUGUUAUUCAGAUAAUAAUUCGUUACAUGAUUCAAGUGGAAGCGACACUUCACAAUGCGGUGGCUGUAAUCAAGAAAUAGAUAAAUGCCAAUGUCAGAUGAUAGUAUAUAUGUUUCAUGAAACUAAUAGGAAAUUAAUUGAACUAGAAUUAUUAGAGAGAUUAGUAGGCAAUGUACUUACAUCGUUGAUACAUAUUCGUAUCAAAUGCCAUGUUAGCGAAACAUGUGACAGAGUAUUCGAUGUAUCUCAACUUAAGCCAUUGGAAAAUUGGCUUGAAACUGUUGUUAUGAAUUGGUUGAUAAGGAUAUAUUCUGGAGGAUUUUCAAAAACUGUUUCUUUAAGAGAUGACAUUCGUGAAGCUGUUAUUAAAUUUAAAAGGAAAUUGUCUUAUUAUUUAUACGAGACAUAUACAAGGAUUAGAAUCGAUCAACUUUUUAAUAUCAUUAUAGAAUAUCCUGAUUCACAACCUGCAAUAGAUGACCUUCGUGUUUGUUUGGACAGAACGGAUCUACGCAAAGUUUUGAUAGAAACACUGCAAGAAGCACUUAAGACUAGACUUUUACAUCCGGGUGUCAAUACUCCGGAUAUUUUAACUGCAUAUAUUGCUGCUAUCAAAGCUUUGAGACAAUUGGAUUCAACAGGGGUGCUUCUUGAAACUGUGACAGAACCCAUUAAAGUCUAUUUGAGAAGUAGAGAAGAUACCGUAAGAUGCGUUGUUAGUGGGUUAUUAGACGAUUCACCUAGUGAUUUAGCUGAUGAAUUAGUGAAAGGAGAAUCCUUACAAUUGGAUGAUGGUUCUGCUGAUGAAGAAAAUGAAGAUUGGGAGAAAUGGGUUCCUGAUCCGGUUGAUGCUGAUCCUGCCAAAUCAACGCAACGAAGGAUGUCUGAUAUAAUUUCAAUGCUAGUUAAUGUAUACGGAAGUCAAGAUUUAUUUGUUAAUGAAUAUCGCACGUUAUUAGCGGAUAGAUUACUUUCUCAAUUAAAUUACCAUACGGAACGAGAAAUUCGUCAUUUAGAAUUAUUAAAAAGAAGAUUUGGAGAAAAUCAGUUACAUUAUUGCGAAGUUAUGUUAAAAGACGUAUAUGAUUCUAAAAGGAUAGAUGGAAAUAUUCAAUCGGAUACUAAUUUCAGUUUAGAAAAAGAACAGUUUCCGACAUCUGCCCUUAUAUUGUCUGCACAAUUUUGGCCACCGUUUAAAGAAGAUUGGAAAUUGGAAUUACCUAAGGUUGUACAGGAUCAGUUGAAUAAAUAUGUUAAGGCGUUUGAAGCUUUAAAAGGAAAUAGAACGCUUUGUUGGAAACCGCACUUAGGAAAUGUUAAUCUUGAAAUUGAAUUGAAAGAUAGAAAAUUGGAUAUUAACGUGACACCGAUACACGCUACGAUUAUAUUACAUUUUCAGGAUAAAAAGGAAUGGAAUUUAGAAGAGUUGGCACAAGUGAUGCAUGCUCCUGCAACGGUACUAAGACGAAAAAUAACAUUUUGGGUUUCUCAAGGACUUUUAAAAGAAAUCUAUAAUGACUUUUUCGUACUUCAAGAAGAAAGUUCAUCGAAAAAUAGAACUUUGCCAGAUAUCGUUGAAGAGGAGGAAGCUGAAAGUGCGAUGGCUUCUGCGAGCGAUCAAAGAGAAGAAGAAUUACAAGUUUUUUGGUCGUACAUCGUUGGAAUGUUAACUAAUUUGGAUUCUAUGCCGUUGGAAAGAAUUCAUCAAAUGUUAAAAAUGUUCGCCUCUCAAGGCCCAGGCGCGGUUGAAUGUGGAUUACCGGAAUUAAGACAAUUUCUCGAUGGAAAAGUUAGGGAACAUCAAUUAUUAUUUUCUGGUGCUCUUUAUCGACUUCCUAAAUCGUGAUAAAAUUAAUCUAACAAUUUAAUAUUGUUAUGGUUGAGUUUAUAAACAUAAAUUGUAUAUUUG